AUGUCCAAUGAGAUGAGGCGAGAGAUGGGUGCACCGGCACACAGAGAUAGCUUAGUGCUGGCUGAUCUCUCUGUCUCUGGGCCGUAUCCAGAUCCGCGGAAUACCAGCGAUUGGGAUGCACGCCUUACUUUAAGCGAGCAGAGAGACCGGGUGCAAGAGGACAUGGACUGGAACCGAGCGAUCUUGAACGAAAAUGGUGCGUAUUUCAACGCCUCUCGCACCUCAAUAGAGCAGUAUCUCGCGAUCGUAGCACAUGCUCCUCAGUUCCACACCCCGUCCACGGAUACCUUUGUAGUUAUCCAAGAAGGUGCCGGAUUCGCUAAACCAGAUGCCUCCGUGGCCCGUCGCACAAGUCACACAGAGGUAGCACCAGCGUCUGCCGUGCAAAACGAAAUGUUCCCCUUGUCCGCUGGGUUGGAUGCUUCGCAAUCUUAUACCUCUGCUGCAGCGGCCCCCGGUUCUAUGCCACCACCAUCAAACAGCUUUCUAUGUUCUUCUCAGAACCAGCGUUUCACAAACAUGGCCGAAGUCCUGCAGAACACGCCUAACUCCAUUCUCUCGGUUCUCGAGGGGUCGAUCGAACAGCUCAGACAAGAGGCAUCGGCACUGCAAGAGAUAGAGCUCACGACGCUCAAGGAUCAGCAGGCCUUUGUCAUGACCCAGAUUUUCAAGCUGAAAGAGCUUCUCGGUCGUCAGCAUACCCUCAGCGCUACUGUGGAGCGACAAGUUCCUAUGCCACCGAGUUACAGUGCCGAGAAGCUGGCAGACAUGGCAGCGAGCCUGGAGCGGGUGAAGCUAGCGCUUCGGGACAAGGUCCGUGCUGUCCUUCACUGGCUCCAGGGGCAGCCCAUAGAUAUGGAGGAACUCUUCCGUUAA